CAUUCCUUCCCAAGGCAUUUUGCCUCAGUGAUUUCUGUCUAAUUCUCUCACAUCCUCUGUUCGAAUUUGUUCGAGGACUGAGAAGGCGUUCGAUGGCUCCCAGGGAGAAGGGGACUGGCAGCGGAAGGAUUGCCGGCGGUGAUGUGGCGAAGGCGGUCCACUUUCGAGGGGUGAGGAAGAGGCCGUGGGGGAGGUACGCGGCGGAAAUUAGGGAUCCGGGGAAGAAGAGCAGGGUGUGGCUGGGUACGUUCGAUACGGCGGAAGAGGCCGCUAGGGCUUAUGACGCGGCCGCCAGGGAGUUUAGGGGAUCAAAGGCAAAGACCAAUUUCCCCUGCGCAGAGCCUUAUUUGAGCCCUAGCAGCCAGAGCAGCACCGUGGAAUCGUCAAGCCGGGAUGCCGCAUCUACCUUGCCGCCUUUAGCAACGCCGCUUCCUCAUCUCGAUCUUGAUCAGAUCAACCGCGGCGGGCUGCGAUUCCCCUUCCAGCGAUUUCCGGCGAAUGCUACGGCGCUGGCCCCGCCGUUCCUUUUCUUCGAUCCGUUUGUCAGAUCAAAUAUGAUGGGUAACCUGGCCGCCACAGUGGCGGUCGCCGGAGGGCAACAUCAUGGCCUGCUGACGCUUGAAUCGCCGAUGAUGGCUCGGAAUUUCCACGCACCAGCUCAUUCCGGCGUGCAGAGCGAUUCGGAUUCCUCCUCCGUCGUCGAUGCUCAACCUUUGUCGUCCCCGCCGGCGAGGAUUGGCCUCGGAAUUGAAAUCGAUCUGAACCUUCCUCCCCCGGCGGAAACAUGAUUUCCCCUUUGCAUUCAACCGCCAGCAUCUUCUAAACUAUGAUCAAUUAAUGUUGUCUUCUAUUUAAUUGAAAAAAAAAAUAGAAAGGCGUGCUUCGUUUUCUUUAAUGUUUUAGAGAAGAAUUACCGAAGUUAUUGUGAAUAAUUUAACUCUUUUUUUUCGCGGAAAGCUUCAAAGAUCUGUUCCCAUAGAUCCCAACCUCAGCGUUGUUAUCCUCCUUUUCAUUUAUUGAAGCUGUUA